ACACUAGGUAAGGAGAAUGCACUUGUCCUUCCCACAGGACCUUGUGAAGCUGCUCGGGGCCCCUGUGUCUUCUUCUCCACGUGCACAGGUGACUUUCCGGCGUCUUCCCGAACGUCUAUGACUAAACCGAUUGGUCAUAAACUGAUUUUAAGACACAACUAAGGAGCGGCUCGAAAUAUCCAGGCGUGUCACCCGAACGCCGGCACGCCCUUCACUGCUAGACCUGGACACAUUUCUCACUGUCAGAGAGACGCAUCUGUACAACCCUAAGAGACUUUGGCGCUCGUCUGUUCCCAGGGAUUUCCAUAGCCCUGUAUACAAUCCUCCUGUGCACACCUGCCAUGUUGUCCUCACCUUCCCCUCUGAAGACUGCCCUGGCCUCUGAAGUCUUCCUGUGGCAGAAUGAGUCUUCCUUAGCCGUCCCUUCGGAUAAUCGCCUGAGGAGCGGGGCUAGCGGGGACCAGCGUGUGAAGGAGCAAGUCAUGAUGACAGUAAGGAGGCAGAAGCCCAAGAGCUCGCAGUCUUCCACCCUGAGCCAUGGCGCUAGAGUUGGUUCAAUGUACGAGACCCUGGAAGAUUCUUACAACAUGAAUCGCAACAGUUCAGGCAAUCAUUAUGCAAAAUACCAGAGCGGUGGCACAUGGGGAUAUCAGCCUCAGUACAAUGGGACUCUGAAGAAGGAGAACAAGCGCUUUAGCUCACAAAGUCAAUUUGACAAUUGGGGCCGACAACAGUACAUAUCUUUGGGAAGUCCAGUUAGUCCAGGAAAUGAUUAUGGCCACAUACAAACCCUGAAGAGCAGUAGAAGUGAACCUGACCUUACAGGUCCAAAUAUGAAAGCCACAUUGAGACGGCAGAACCUCUAUAAUGCACAGAACCAGUAUGCUCAGCAGCAACGACCUGGAAGGGGAGGUGUCCAGAACUCAAGCUUCUACAGUCAUCAAAGUGCACAGCAAUGGAAGCAAGCAAGUGUUCCCCCAACGCGUACACCAUCUUCCAUUUCUGCUACACAACGGCAGCAUUUUCACAGCACAAUGCAGAGAAAUGAUGCAUGUUAUAAUCCGAAGCAGGAACACUAUGGUGGCAUACAGGUACCAUCCAGGAUGGACUCCAGAGAUGACUUUGAUGGAGCUACUAUGACCAUAGAGCGAGCAGUGGAGCUUCUUGGAGGUCCAAAUGAUAAAUACCAGACAUCUGGAGCCAACUACAUACAACAUACUUGCUAUCAAGAUGAGAAUGCUAAAAGUCUGGUUAACCAGUACAAUGGCAUCCAGAAACUAAUAAACCUUUUCAAGAGUUCCAAUCAAAAUGUGCAGCUAGCAGCAGCUGGGGCUUUAAGAAAUCUUGUUUUUAAAAACAAUGCAAAUAAAAUUGAAACAAGUCGUCAUGGAGGCGUGUCUGAGGCAGUCAAUCUGUUGAGAAAGACUCCCAACCAAGAGAUUCAAAAGCAAAUAACAGGUUUGCUUUGGAAUUUGUCCUCUACUGAGCAGCUGAAGGACGAACUAGUUAAAGAAGCCCUUCCUGUGCUGAAUGAAUGUGUAGUGAUGCCAUUUGCUGGUGGGACUGAUAACUCUAUGUCUGGUCAGAAGAGUUCAUUGGAUCCUGAAAUAUUCUUCAAUGCAACUGGUUGUUUAAGGAAUCUUAGCUCUGCAGAUGUUGGACGUAAGGCCAUGCGCGAUAUUCCAGGACUAGUGGACUCACUUAUACAUUAUAUCCAGCAGUGUGUGGCUGCUAAUCGUCCAGAUGACAAGUCAGUUGAAAACUGUGCCUGCAUUUUGCAUAAUCUGUCUUACCAUUUGGACUCAGAAGUGCCCAAUAAAUAUUCCCUAUUGAAUGAGCAAAUGUUGCGUAACCAUCAAACAGAAAAGACCUCUACAGGCUGCUUCAGCAACAAGAGUGACAAGAUUCAGAAUAAUAAUUUUGAGUUGCCACUUCCAGAAGAGGAUGCAAACCCCAAAGGGUCAGCAGUGUUGUCUCACUCUAAUGCUAUUAGGACUUACCUGUCUCUGCUAGGACAAAGCAAGAAGGACUCCACGUUGGAGGCUUGUGCCGGAGCUCUACAAAACCUUACUGCUAGUAAAGGACCAAUGUCCAGUGGAAUGAGUCAAAUCAUUGGAUUGAAAGAAAAUGGACUUCCCCAAAUUUCUCGCUUGCUUCAGUCUGGAAACUCUGAUGUGGUGAAAACAGGAACUUCACUUCUUAGCAAUAUGUCUCGUCAUCCUUCUCUACACAGGAGCAUGGGUACACAGAUCCUUCCUGAUGUGUCUCGACUUUUGUCACAAACUUCUGGCAAUACACCAAAUUCAGAAGAUAUUCUGUCUUCUGCAUGCUAUACCAUGCGAAAUCUCGUAAUGGCUCAGCCACAACUGGCAAAACAGAGCCUUUCUGGUAACUUACUUGGAAAUUUGGUCAACAUGUGCAAAAAUGGAGGUUCACCUAAAGCUGCAGAAGCAGCUCGUCUUUUCCUGACAGACAUGUGGUCUCAGAAGGAGUUACAAGGAAUAUUAAAACAGCAAGGUCUAGACAAGAGCCUUAUGGGAUCCCUUGCAAGUUCUGCCCUUCGAAGUACAGUGACCCGAAUGUUCUAACAUCGCUUGCAAUGUAAAGUAUUUUUUAGAUUCCCUGCACUUAUUUACAAGCUUGUCAUCGUUCUGGAAUUUCCAAGGACUUGAAACAAUCCAACAGAUUUUUAAUUUUUUUUCUUAAAUAAACCAAAAAAAAAUUAACACAUUCAAAAGGUUUUUCUCAAAGUUCUAAAAGUUAGACUCUGUAUGGUUACAUAGUUACUUGUGCUUUCAAAACUGAACAUUUUGAUCAAGGUCAUCCUUUGUAACCCUACUGGGCUUAAUAUAAUUAAAAUUAUAAACAUUUUUUUUAAUAUACUCACUUUAUUGAUUUUGCAUUGUUCUGCUCAUCACUUUGUGAUCUUUUUCACAAUCCUACAUGAUCAAGCAUAGUGAUCAGUUUUUCUGACUGAUGAAUUCUCAGUGUGGAAUAGUCAGAUUGUUAACUUAAAUGGGUAUUCCAGCCUUAGACAUCUCAUCCCUAUCCCAAGGAUAGGGGAUAAGAUGUCUGAACGCAGAGGUCCCAACUGUUGGGACCCCUGCGAUCUCCGUGCUGCCCCCGUCAUUCUGUGACGGUCACUGCUCCAGAGACGUGACUUCAUGGCCACGCCCCCCUUGUGACACACCACCUCUAUUCAUGUCUAUGGGAGGGAGUGUGGACGUGGUAUCACAUCUCUGUCUUGGAACCAACGUCCUACACAGAAUGCCCGGGGCUGCACGGAGAUCGCUGAGGUCCCAGUGGCGGGACCCCUGUGAUGAGACAUCUUAUCCCUAUCCUUUGGAUAGGGGAUAAGCUGUCUAAGGCCAGAAUACUCAUUUUCAGAACAGUGUAGAGUUGGUGAAGGUAUAUUCAAAAGUCUUAUCUUAUUGACAUACACUAAAAAGUUUACAACUUGUAAAACCACUUUCAAUUAUAUUUUACCUGUUUUAGCAACUGACUUGCAUUUAGAUGCUGGCUUUAUCAUUGUAUUACAAAAAAAAAAUUUUACCAACUGGUCAUACUCAUUAACAGUAUUUUAUUUCUUAGCUUUUCAGUAUAAUACAGCAACAGCUUUUUAAUGGUGUUAGAAAAUAUGUAAACACAAGCUUUUUUUCUUAGGAAUUUGUUUAAAUUCAUCCUUUAUAUGGGUUUGGGAAGGAGAAAUAGGACACUUCAAAAGAGAAAUGGAGUGUGCAACUAGUUCUUAAAGAUCAGUAUUCAUUUUAUUAUUAUUUUUUUUAUAAAUGUUUCAUUGUAUAUGCUAACAUUCUUGAGCUGAAUGACUUACUUUAUGCAUUAAGGAGAUUGUCUGUUGACUUAAAUUAUGUUUAAAAACAAAUGGCUCUGUCACAUCUCCAUAUCAAGACGGACAAGGAAUAAAAACUGUUUUUUAUGUGGCCAGACAGUUCCUCUAUGCAAAAUAUAUGUACAAUGCCUUUUGUCAAUAAAA